UGAAAGAACAACCUGCAGGGUCCAGGGCAGCUGGUGAUCCCCUCCCUUCUCUGAAGAAAGGGGACCCUUUUGAUGCAGGAAGGGUAGGAGAGGAAAGAGAAAGAAAGAAGGAUUUAGGGCUGAAAUUCCCCAAGUCCCUGCUCACUGAGCUUAAGGAGGCCUGAAACAUUUAGAUUCUGGGGACCACCUCCUUGGUACCCCCAUUCUGCAGCACAGUUAAUAUUCUUGCAGUUGUCUGGGGUCAGCAUCCAUCCUGUGUGGACAGUCCCUCCCCCACCAGCAGUGAUGGCCUUGGCUGAUUUUCAUUACACCACAGGGAUCAGCAGUGGAUUCAAAGUCUAUAUCUUGGAAGGCCACUCUUCCUUUGAGAAUGAGCAGAGGUUCCACCGCCUCCCAGCCUACCGGCUGCCCACCUGUCCAAACAAGCGCAAGGCCAGCCUGGAUGUGAGAAGAAUCCCUGAAGGCCAGAAGGGAUCCAAAGUCAGGCGAUUGUCGAGCAGGCCUAUUGCAGCCUCUCAGGACCGGGUGGCAACUUCUGCAUCCGUCCCCAUUGCCCCCAUUGCCGUGUCCUGCGUCUCCACCUCCAGCGCUGCCGUUUGCAAGGAUUCCAGGGGGCUUCCCGCCCCCUGCACACAGAAACGCCCCCCAAAGGAGCCCCUUGUGGAGCCCGCCCUAACAGUCACCCAGCUGCAGCAGAUGCGGCCGUCAGUCAUCACCUGUGCCCCACGUCGAAGCUGCCCAGAGGCUCCGCCAAGCCCCAGUUCCCCACUCUCCCCAGCAAAGCGUACAAAUGGGACCUCCAAUUUUCCCCACUCUCAAAGGCUGUGUCCAUGGACCACCAACAUCUCAGCAUCAUUCAGCAAAGCAGCAUCUCCCAGGCAGACGAUCAAAGAGGCAGAUGGGAAUCUCUAACCUCGCUUUUGAUAGCUUAUCCAUUGUCGUUGACCUGGGGGAGUCCUCUUAUACGCCUGUAGCAGCCUGUCCUUCCUAGGGCCGGGCCCCAAUAUCGCGCUCACCACUUCCCUUUUUUUUUUUGUAUCUUGGUAGCCUACUCUGUACCUACACCCUAAACCUGGCUUACGGAUCUCCUUCCAAAUACCUUGUUGGUAGCUGCAUUCCUGACUUUAAAUCCAUAUAUGUGAACGCUCCACUUCAAAUAGAUAAUUUCUUGCUAAUCUCCAUGGGUGAAGAGUCUUUAGUUCCGCAUUUCGAUUCCAGUGAAAACCAGCCACGUGUCUUGCAAUAGGCAAGACAUGAUAUUCUUUGUCCUUGCCAUGUGGUACUUGGAUAUUGCCUUUAUGUACUAAGGUCCAUUUCAUUGCCAUCCGUACCAGCUUUAAGAUGUGUGGAUCUGAACCCCCACAUUUCCCCAGUCAACAUUAAAGUUGCCAAGCUUGAAAAAUCUCUUAUCUAUACCAAUAAUCAUCUCAGAAUCCUGUGGGAGCAAACAAUGACAUUCUCCAAGCAGACGAAGGAGAUUUAGAGGUCGAAGAAGAACCUCAGUCUAAGGAAGAGAGGACAAAUCUAGCCCAAUGAUAACUGAACACUAUCAUGAUCCAGGAACAUCAGCAAGAGGGGAACAGAAAACGGGAGGAAAUGAAAAGGGGUUUCCUAGAAAAGGAAAUGGCAUGGCUACCUGGAACCCAGCAGGUUUUCUUGCAGAUCCUACCUGCUAUA